AUGGAAACAUCAAUCAAUAGAAUACGAAUUGGAUACCCGUCGCUAACCCACCAGUAUCUGAUGAAGAAGGAAGACCCACCCAUAUCUGCUAGCUGUGAUACACUACUCUCAAUCAAUCACAUUGUAUCCGAAUGCCGUUCAUUUAAAAUGGACAGACAGGAAGUUGGGGUAUCAAAUAUUAUGGCAGAAGUGCUUCACCCAGACAACAUAAGUCACAUGAUCAACUUCAUUAUCAAGACCAAUAUAAUCAAUAGUUUAUAA